UACAUGAGAUGUGCUCACACUAAAGGCGUGGUUGCUUGCAGGUGGACCGUUGCUGUUCGGUCUGUUCUCCAUCGCAGCUUUCUACAAGCAGGACUUUUCACCUCCGUGGAACUAAAACAACGCAAACAUGCCUAAAUGCCCCAAGUGCGAAAAGGAAGUGUACUUUGCGGAGAGAGUAUCAUCGCUUGGCAAAGACUGGCAUAGACCUUGUCUGAAAUGCGAGAAAUGCAACAAGACCUUGUCGCCUGGCUCACAUGCAGAGCAUGAUGGGAAGCCCUAUUGUAACAACCCAUGCUACUCUGCACUCUUUGGACCCAAAGGGUUUGGACGUGGUGGCACUGAGAGCCACACAUUCAAAUAGGCCAUUGUAAAGGUUUACACCGUCUAAAAGCAUGUUUUUAGGGGCACGGAUGCCACUAUUUUUAUCCAUAUUUUGUUAAGCCAAAGAAAAAACCAAGCCAUGACCAAGCUAUACCAUGUUUAAGAAAGUACUAAUUUGUAUUAGCUGUUUUCAAAUGUUAUCUGCUAGCAGCAUAGAAUGAUGCUAGCAGACACUGUUCAAACCACUUUUUUCAAUUAAAUUGAACAUUAUAUACAUUAAAUGUAUGUUUAAAACA